CUGCGCACGUUAUAAAACGGAGGCGAUACGCGCGCGCUGGGGCGCCGCCGUCGCUCCCCUCCCCUUCACAGGAAAGCUCCUUUACGCGGUCCGGUCGACGACGACCGCGCUCCCCGCCAUGCCUCGCCGCGCUCGUGCGGCAUGUCUUCCCGACGGCCGCUACAUCCGUGCCAACGCUGAUGGGGACGGGCAACCCUUCGCCGACGUGGAUUUGGCAUCUCGACGACGCGUAGCAGAUGUAAACGUGGAAGCCGCCCGCUCCGACGUCCAGGCGAGGCUCCAGCUCCACGACCGGCGGCAGCCUCGACCACGAUGGGAGCAUGCGGCAUCUGCAAAAACAUCUAUUCCUGACACUCAACUGUCACGUUUCCAGGAGAAAACCCGGGCUUCCCACACACCGUGGCUUCCCCGACACCGGCGGUGUGAAUACCCUUCUCAUGAUGUGCCUGCGCCAUUGGAAACGCCGCUGCUGGAGCCAAAGGACCCCAAUACAUCCUCUUCCUCCAUGCAGGCAGAGGCGUUAACUCAUGACAUCCCGCCAAUGCCAAGGCACUCGUCUCCACCUAUUUUGGCUUGUUACUUUUCUAGUUGGCAUUUACGAUUUUUCAUCAGAGCAGAUCUUGGGGGUUCUUUCCACACAUAUCCUUCUCUGGGUGGGCCAUUUCAGAGCUUGCAGGAAGCUAAGAAUGCCAUUGCAAGCCAUCUUGUUGACCUGCGCUCUCCAAUAAUGUGCACAGAUGGGCUUUCGAAGGCGGAGAUUUGUAUACGAGAGGCCCUUUACUGGCCUGAUGGUACAAGGAAGAAGUCUUCCAAAAGCAAUUCGGACCGUAGGAAUAUCAGCCUAUUAGUUCAAGCUUUACUGGACAAGUACAACGAAGAUCACUGUCUUUUGGGGGAUCUUGCUUAUGAACUUGAUGAUUUCGUGAUCUUCCGACAAUUUUAUAUGGGGAUGAUUGGCUGCCGCAGGAUGUACUAUCAUCUCAAUUUUACUACAAAGACUAAAGGAGCUGAUGAUUUUCACGGCGACGCCAACAAUCUAUUCUUUGCUGAAGUCGCACGAAUAAAGGGCGAAAAAAUAGAAUAUGUGCUCAAUUGUUUGUACAUGGUGAAACACAAUGACAAUGGCCGAUGCUAUGGCUGUAUGAGUUACGGGAAUGCUGAUUUGAGGCACCCUGUCUAUGCUGAUAAAUAUGAAGGUCGCCAUUCUCGUCCAUUCACACUAGGUUGCGGUUUCGAUCCAUGGUUACCUGCAUACAUCGAGAAUGAGGAGGAUAGGUUGGCCGAUGAGGAGGAUAGGAUAAGACGUCUAUACAAGUGCCUUGAUGAACCUCCUAUUUUGUCAAAAUCGGAUGGAUCGGAUGGUGCAAGAAUGUCUGUUGGUUUGGCCAAGAGAGGGGAUGUUGGUUUGGCGAAAAGAGAUGGUGGUCAGGGAAGCGGGAAAUACAUUAUAGGACGAGCGCUGGCAGCUGGCCGCCGCCACAACUCACACCGGGCAGCCGGCAACCUGGACGCACACAUUGGUGCUGGAGGCUUCUUCCCUCCUGCACCUAGAUUAGAUUGCCUGCCGGCGUCGACGGCCAUGCCUGAGAUCCCCGCGGCCCCAUCGUCCCGCGUCACCCGCCUCUGCAAGGCACACCUCCAUUGGAGCCUCCUCCGCCCUCACACAACAGUUCCUGCAACAUUAUCUUUGUUGCAAAAAAGAAACUGCAUAAAUUUUCUGCAUCCUAACCUUUUGUUGCAAAGAAAAUAUCUUGAUGUUUCUGCAACAUGA